AUGGCCAACGAAUCCACCUACACUCUCUACAACUAUAACCCAUCGGGAGUUGCAGCAAUUAUCUUUGUUGUUCUCUUCGGAUUGACCACCCUGGUGCACAUUUUUCAAAUGAUACGGAGUCGAUCAUGGUUCUUCAUUCCUUUCAUUAUCGGAGGAAUCUUUGAAGCUAUCGGCUACCUCGGUCGCUAUCUUAACUCGCGAGAAAGCCCCAAUUGGACAACACCCCCAUAUAUCAUGCAAUCACUCUUGCUCCUUCUCGCACCAGCCUUCUUCGCCGCAUCCAUCUACAUGGUCCUGGGCCGCUCAAUUAUCUCCACCGGACAUGAAAAGCUCUCUCUUAUCCGAGUCAACUGGCUGACCAAAAUAUUUGUCUGUGGAGACGUUGUCUCCUUCCUCGCUCAGUGUGCUGGCGGCGGCUUCCUCUCUUCCGCAAAGACCCAGUCUAAGCUUGCUCUAGGACAAGACAUCAUCAUUGCCGGUCUUUUUAUCCAAAUUGCGUUCUUCGGAUUCUUCGUCGUGACUGCUGGUGUGUUCCAUUACCGGCUUUGGAAAGCCCGUGAUGGGACUUCUACAUCCGCCACCACGGUGCCGUGGAUGAAGUGUUUGUUUGUGCUAUACACGGCUAGUCUGUUUAUCAUGAUUCGGUCUAUCUUCCGUGCCAUUGAGUAUAUUACGGGUACAAAUGGUCCGAUCAUGUCGACAGAGGUGUACUUGUAUGUCUUUGAUGCUGCUCUGAUGUUCUUGACUAUGGUCACCUUCAACAUCUUCUCUCCGAAGACAUUGGUGACUCCCCGAUCGGCUACACGUGAUAUUGACUCUCAGACGAGUCACAAGGAGAUGGUCGAUAUUAGAAGUGUGGCAUGA